AUGAAGAACACUUACUGUGAUGAUUAUAACCCGCAGGAAGAGGUGAUUAAACUAAAAGCGUUCUAUGAUAAGGCAGUAAAAGAAAAACAAGCUGAUGAAGCAUUGCUUCGAAGGUGUAGCAUUGAAAAGGAGUUCCAAUCAACUGUAGAAAGUCAAAGCAACCAUAAUAAGUAUAUUCUGAAGAAUGAUUCUUAUUGCCUUCGCAAAGGUUAUCCCAAAGAGAUCUUUCUGGAUAUUCAGCAACUAGGGCCGGCGAAUAAAGUAUUUGAUGAUAGACUCGCCAAACUUCGUAACAAGCUUGCAAAGCCAAGCUGUCUAGAUCGUUUGAAACAAAGUUUGGAGCAAAAAGAACGAGAGACAAUACCUGCGCUGGAAAAUGGUCAGAAUAUUGUACGAUCCCAACAAGAAUCGACGAAUGUAUCUCCUUCGAUUGCCGACAAAAAAAUGGAAAAUAUAAUGAACAAUACUACCCUAGUGAAGUCAUUACUCGAUUCCUUCAUGAAGCCUUCAGUGUCAAUCCCACAGAACUUACCGCCACCACCUAUAGUACCGAUUCCUAAUGAUCAAGUCGAUAUGAGAAAUGAACCACAAAAUACUUUGAUUUCUUCUGAGAAUCGGAACAACAACAAUAGCAACCUCAUAAACAAGAUGGAAAACUUUUCAAACGUUGUUCAAGACCUCUUAAGCGUGAUGCAGCCAUUUAUUCAAGAACAAAAAAAUAGCACAAGUAUAGACACUGCACAGAAUAACACUCCUAUUCCAGAAGCUGCUGAUGUUCAGAGACAACCUUCGCGGUUUAACCAAAGAACAUUACCAAGUACUACAAAAAUAACACAUGAUAACGUUAACCUCAACUAUGGAUUUAACGCCAGGAAAAAUAAUAAGAGUAGUCAACGUAGGCGGCAGGGUCAAAAAGUGCAAAAGCCUCGUUCAACAGAAAAUGAGAAUACUAAACAUACUCCAAAAGCAUUGAAGAGGAUACAACAAAUGGCUAAAGACCAUAAUUUAUGA